CGCGUGGAUACGGUUGUCAAUUGUGCGCGACGGCACGACAGUCCCGCGGCCGCCGUCGCACGUUCAUCUGGAUUCUGGCACGAUGAAGCUCACGUGGCUAGCGUCGUUGGCGUUGGCGGCCGUCGCUGCGUACGACGCGUGCUUCGACGAGGAUGAGAAGGUUCAUUACCGCCACGGCUCGAUCAAGUAUAUGCGUGGCACCCCUGGGUACGCAGGCGCCAUCUACAAAGUUUGCGAAGACGGCGUUUACCACUGCAAAGUCAGCGACGAAAUCCUGGACCAGCCGGCGCUUCCCGAUGUAGACUGUGAUGAAGCACUGGCGGAGUACGACAUCUCGCACGACCCGAGCGUCGAUAUGGGCCGACGUUUGGGGUUAAUGGUGCAUCCACCCGCGGCUGAAGUGUGGCCAGCCGGCGUCGUGUGCUAUGCAUUGUCGGAUCAGGCUGACCCAGCCAUCAAACCAUACCUGGAAGCCGCGGUGACGGAAUAUCGCACCAAGACGCCGAUCCGCAUCAUCUCGGUCGACCAAUGCCGGGCCGUCAAUAUGCCCACGUUGUGCGGAAAUUGCAAGAACUUUGCCCUUAUCGAGGACUCCAAGCCCGGAUGCUUUGCCUUCGUCGGAUACGAAGGCAAACCAAACCAAGUGAUCAACCUCCAUCAAGAUUGCUACCUGAACCAGCCCCCUGGCCACGUCCAGCACGAACUUGGCCAUGCGAUUGGCCUCUUCCACGAGCAUGCCCAUCCCGACCGCAAGAUUAUCAUCGUCGAGGACGCGCUAAAGGCAUCGCGCAACAACUACGUCAAGAAGCGCGACAGCCUCACGACAACGUACGACAUGGAAUCCAUCAUGCACUAUGGCGCGUCAGGCGGCGUGUGUGUCCCCAAAGACCUCACGGUCAAGUACUGCGACAUUGACGAGAGCCACGAAAAGACGGGGUGUGUCAUCCCGACCCUCAACGACUGCGACGAGACGGCGUCGUUGCGGCUCGGACAGCGCGAGGGCCUCAGUCCCACAGACAUCCAGAGCAUCCUCACUCUGUACAAACACACGUCCAACGAAGCCAAAGCUCUGGAUCGCCUCCUGUUUCCGUCGCAAGCGAACGCGGUGGACGAACAGGACGAGCAGCUCAUGACUGCAUGGACGGAGAUGCCGACGGACUCGCCAACUUUGUCAUCGAAGUUACACUCGGCUUCAUCCGCGUCGUCAGCAUCGAGUGCGCCGUCCAGGCAUGCGAUCUACCCUCAACGACAAACCGACAGCCACGACUCGUGA